CACGAGAACGUUUAUCAUCCGUAUUUUCAUUGAGCAAAAUUAAUUUAUCAUCAAAUGCUAUUCAACAAAUAUUAAAUCAUAAUUCAAGCGAUAAUAAAGAUCAUAUUACAUUUAUGGAUUUUAUAGACACGAUUAAACCUUGCACACUUACAAAUAGUGUAAUAGAUGAUUUGGCAUUAUUUCGACUAUUAGAUGUUAAAAAUAUGAAUUAUAUUGAUAUAGCAGCGUUACGUAAAAUAUUAACUUAUGUUGAUAUGAAUAUAUCUGAAACAGAAUUAGAACAAUUAUUUUUUUAUGCCGAUUUUGAUAAAGAUUCGAAAAUAAGCGAACAAGAUUUUCGAAUGUUAAUCGAUUCGAUUAAAGAAAAAAAAAUGAUACAAAAACACAAAUAA